AUGUUGGAUUAUGCGAAUUCCUUGGCAAGCAACCCAAAGAAUUCUACAAUUGAGUCAAUAGAUUACACAGACUCAAGCCAAUGUUCAACAUCUGUUGGAAAAAGUGCUAACCAUUCACCUCCAACUUCAAAAAAUAAGCAAAUUAUAUUUCGAUCGCCUUCAAAGGUUGUUAAGCACAAAGAUAAGAAUUCCAAACUAGAUAGAUCAAUUGUUAAGCUUUCUAUUGAAGAGCGCUUUCCCUCAGAAGAAUCAGAAUCGGAAAGUACGUCAGAAACGGCUGAUGAGCUCAUAUAUAAUUCGAUGAUGAACGCUUUAAGAAAUAGGCCAACACGAACAAAGGAAAAAGCAAGUCUCCGUGCAAAUACGGUUUUAGCGAUUCCAAAGGUUCAAAACAUAGUUGAGGCGAAAGAGCCGACCGAUAGUCAGCAUAAGCCACGCCUUACAAGAAAUCUUCGUAAGCGGUCUCUAGGAAAUUUUACAGUCAAAUCAAUCGAUCUUUCUGACACUUCAGUAACGCCUGAGCCGCCGAAACUCCCCAUUAGAACUUUAACUUUCAACGAUUAUAUAUUUACUUCUGAGCAUAAUAGGCUAGGAAUUCGUAAUCAUGCUUAUUAUAAAAUUAAACAAGGAGAAUACACACUGUUCUGCGCUAAACAAAAAGAUAGAAGUAUACAAGUGAAUUCUCCAAUCUUUAUUAGCUCAGGUACAAAAACGAAGCAAACCACUAACAAACACGUUGGAAUUUUCAUGGCGUUCAACAAAAUCACAGAAUUUGCUCUUGCUGAUAUUCAGGAUAACGUACAGUACUCAUCGGAGCAAAUUAAGGCAAAUAUCCAAAAAGAUCAACUUUCCUUGUCUCUGAACAUCCACACACCAAGGGAUAAGUUGGAAGUUCAAGGGAAUUACUCAUCUACCCCUGCAGACUCAAAUCGAACAAUUUCUUUCGUUGAUAAAGUUUCGAACGUAGAAUACAUCAGAUUAACAGCAAAUACUGAGUCUACAUGGACUAUUCACGCCAUAAGUGAUAUCGAUCCAAAACAACUGCUUUCUCUGGCGAUUGUUAUUGAUCAUUUUUCGCGGAUUGCAAAGAAGAACUCUUCUUUUAUAUAG